GGGCAUGGCGCGGGCAGGGGUGGGCAUGCCGCCGGGCGCUUCGCCGGGUGGCCGCACAGACCUUCCUUGAUGGAACGGGACAAAGGUUUUGUUCUUCUCCCAACACUGCAGCCUUGUGCGGCCGCGGCAGGCAGCGGCGACAGGCGGCAGCCAGCGCGGCCCCCACGCUCCCACGCCACGGCGCAGAGGGGGAGUUUCUCCUCCUUUGUCUGCUCUAGGCGAGAGCAGCAGCCGGUGCGCGGCACCGCCGGAGCAGCCAGGGAAGGCCUCGGCAAAAGCCGCGCAGGACGGCGGCCGACGUCCCCUCUGCACCCCGGCACAGCCGCCACCAGCUCGGCCUCACCGUGCUGGGAACGAACCUGCCCGCCACGGGCAGCGAUCCCGGGGGAGCCAAGCUCUUCAUGACGGAAACCUGACCGGGAAGCGUCCGGAGCGGGGACGGCGGCUGUGCCUGGGGACGGGGAGGACGGCAGCAUUGGGGACAAGGACACCCGCGCCCCGUCCCCCCCCGCGGCGCCCGCUGCCGGCCAUGGGAAACGGCAUGAGCCAGAUCCUCCCUGGCCUCUACCUUGGGAACUUCAUUGAUGCCAAAGACCUGGAGCAGCUAAGUCGGAACAAGAUCACCCACAUCAUUUCAAUCCAUGAAUCUCCCCAGCCCUUGCUGCAGGACAUUACCUACCUCCGCAUCCCCCUGCCCGACACCCCCGAGGCCAACAUCAAGAGGCACUUCAAGGAAUGCAUCAGUUUUAUCCACCAGUGUCGCCUGCACGGAGGGAACUGCCUCGUCCACUGCCUCGCCGGCAUCUCCCGCAGUACCACCGUGGUUGUCGCCUACGUCAUGGCUGUCACGGAGCUGAGCUGCCAGGAGGUGCUGGAGGCUGUCCGAACUGUCCGGCCCGUCGCCAACCCCAACCCCGGCUUCAGGCAGCAGCUGGCUGAGUUCGGCAGCGGUGCAGCCCGCAAGGUCCGCAGGCACCUGAAGCAGAGGUACGGGACAUCACCUUUCAACGACGAGGAGGAAAUAAAGGCCUUGCUGCCAGCAGGGAGAGGAGGACCGUCCAGGACGGAGGGACCUCGGCAAGGACUGGUCCCAAGAGCCAGAGACAUCAGGACCACGACUCCCUUCCUGCUGCGGGUGAAGAGGACGUUCUCCUGCAUCCCGGCUUGUCUGAAGUGGCCAGGGCUCUCCAGCACCCUUUGGCCCCCCAACACCCAGGAGAGUGGUGGCCCCGCACCCCAGGACCACGGACCCAGGACGGAUAUGCGCCUCAUGCAUGGCUGCACCCUCCUGUCAGUCCCAUGCAGGGACACGCUGUGCCGAGGUGUUUACAGCCGAGCUCUUGGCACUCCGAGCCACAGUGCUGGCAUCGCCACCUCCUCCUCCUCCUCCUCCCAGGCAGGGAGAGCCACGCUGCAGGCAGACCCUGGGUUAGCUGCAGCCCCGCACCCUGAGCGGGCGCAGGCAGGGCAGGUGGGCUUUGCUCUGCGGCGAAGGGGCCACGGACAGGCUCAGCUUCGCAGCCCCGAGCAGCUUGCCAGCUCUUGGGAGCUUCAUGUCUCCUCCCCGAGAGAGGUGACUUUCUCUGACUCAGAGCUGGAAAGGAAACCCAGCGGGCUGCAAAAGGAGACCCAGCAGGCUGCAAAAGGAGACCUGGUGGGCUGUGGGCUGGGCAGAAGAGCUGGGUUUCCCCGCGCAGCAACAUGUGACUCUGCAGCAGUGAUGGAGAAGCUGACACUGCUGUCACCCCAGGGCGUACCAGUGAGACCAGAGGGCAAAGCCGACCCGGCCUGUGCCCUGCUGCUGGGAUGGAGCAGUGCAGGCGCGGGAAGCAGUUUCCCGAGGCGUGGGAAGGCUGGUGCCCAGAAGAGCCGUGACCACGGGCACUGCGUCUCCUCUGCACGGACGGCUUCUGCCAGGAACCCCGGGGCCAGCAGGGAGCUGGCGCGGGCGCGGGAUGAGCUGCCCUGUCCCGUCUCCUGUGGGUGCGAGGUGGGUGUCCCCUCUCCCGUGGGUGGCCCCAUCCCCUCUCUUGUGGAUCCGGAGCCGUGCUUUCGCUUUCACCGCCCCGGCACGUUCCCUCGGGGCGGCCGGGCCGGGCGAGGGGCCGCGAUGGCGGAGCCGGGGGCACCCAUGCGGCUGAAGGAGUGGCUCAUCGCCCAGAUCGACAGCGGCCGGUACCCGGGGCUGCGCUGGGAGAACCGGCACCGGACGCUCUUCCGCAUCCCCUGGAAACACGCGGCCAAGCAGGACUACCGGCAGCAGCAGGACGCCGCGCUCUUCAAGGCUUGGGCCGUCUACAAGGGGAAGUACCACGAGGGGACGGACAAGGCCGACCCCUCCACCUGGAAGACGCGUCUCCGCUGCGCCCUCAACAAGAGCACCGACUUCCAGGAGGUGCCCGAGCGAAGCCAGCUGGACAUCUCCGAGCCCUACAAGGUGUACCAGAUCGUGUCCGACGGCACCCGGGAUGCAGAGAAGGUUGGUGACACGCGGUCCCCAGCCGGCGAGGAUCAGCAGGGCACCGCUGUGGUGAGUCCGGAGCAAGAAAACCAGAAGGGCAUGAUGGAGACGUGCCACGUGUCUCCGCUGCCCCUGCUCUCUGCCCACCCAGCCGAGCGAGGUUACCACGUGAGGGGAGUCUUCUACGGCUGGAACCCGACCCACAGCCACCUCCUCCCUGGACCCCCGUCCUACCUCCCCGUGGAGGACGUCAACCACUCAGACUGCUGGCUCCACAUCCGCCUCUACUACUGCGACGUGCUGGUGAAGGAAGUCACCACCCGCACGGCUGAGGGCUGCCGCAUCACCUCCCGCGCCGUGCCAGCCGACAGUGAGCGCCUUUACGGCCCCUCCUGCAUGGAGCAGAUCGAGUUCCCCCCGCCGCGGGCGCUCGGUGGCAGUGGCCGGGUGGCCGGCAUGACCGACGUGCUGGAACGGCUCCUGCCCCACCUGGAGCGCGGUGUGCUGCUGUGGGUAGCGCCCGAGGGGGUCUUCAUGAAGCGCCAGUGCCAGGGCAGGGUGUACUGGAACGGGCCACUGGCCCCGCACAGGGACUGGCCCAACAAGCUGGAGAGGGAGAAGACCUACAAGCUGCUGGACACGCAGCAGUUCCUGCAGCAGCUGCGGGGGUACCUGAGCCACGGGCAGCCCACGCCACAGUACCAGAUCCACCUGUGCUUCGGGGAGGAGUACCCCACCAGCACCGGGCACCACUUCCAGAAGCUCAUCAUGGCCCACGUGGAGCCGGUGUUCGCGCGGGAACUCUUCCAUCAUGCCCAACGCAUGGGGCCGAUGCUGCUCCACGACUCCCCCCAGCCCUGCACCCCUGGUGCUUCCAGCCACAUUAUCCGCAUCCUCAAACAGCUCUGCCAGCCCUGAGCCCAGACAGGCAGGAGGAGAGACCAGUUGCAAGGAAGCCUCGGAGCGGGAUGCUCUGCCGCCCCUCAGCCCCGCUCCGGCCCCGUUCCCCGAGCCAGUGUGCACAGGGCAGUCGGUGCUGCGGGGCCGGACACGGGCGGGCACUGGCCGGGGCGGGCGGACGGCUGCCAUCCCUGCGCAGAUCACUGGAUUUAUUCCCCGGGAGCCACCCAGGUGGGAUUUGCUGUGUACUUGUUUGGUAAGCAGGGGCAGAGCCAGCCCUGUCCUCGUGCCUUGCACUGCCGGGACUCGCCGUUCGUGACCCUUAGAAAUAAAGGUUGUGUUUCGGUA